CAAUAAAUCUCUAGAGCACUAAGGUUAUGUUUGCUUGUUGGAUUUGGGUCAUGGAUUUGGUACCCAAAUCCCAAGUUUGAUGGAUUUAACAUAAGUGCAUUGUUUGUUGAAGGGUGCUAAAUCCGUGGGGUCCAUGGAUUUAGUCUUUAUUUUGUAACCAAAUCCGUGGACCCCACGGACUUGUAAAUCCCACAUAUUGAUUUGGGAUUUGCAAAUCCUUGAUGAUUAGUUAUUUAUUUAACAAAUCCAUCACAAAUCCAUCAUCAAAUCUAUCAUGCAAACAUUAGACUCUUCAAAUCCAUAAUCCAAUAAAUCCAACAUAAAUCCCAAGGGUUUUAUUGACCAAAACCCUCAUUUUUCAAGUCCAACAAGCAAACGAACCCUAAGUCUAGAUUCCUCCAAUUGAGUUUAAUCUAUGUAAAUGAAAUCAAAACCCAAUUAUAACAACACAAUGUGAUGUAGAUUUCGAAUCAUCGAAUAAGGGAGAAUUAGAAAUUUAGGGCAAUAUCCGUUUUGUUAAAACUUAAAAAUAUAUAAAAUGUGAACUGAUUUGGUAGUCACCAAUGGUAUAAGGAGUAUAAAUGCAUUUAAACCAAUCGUCAAAUCAUAUAUUCUCUCUCUCUCCCUUUUUUCCCCCUCUUGUCUUUGUGUCUUCGAUCUUUCUUUCUCCGUCUGUCAGUGCACGAUUGAUUCUGCUUCCUAGUCUGUCACUCCUGCAAAUCAGCUCCCUGCCCCUCUUGAAUCGUUUUCCACAGAAUCGCCCCUCGCUCAAAUUCUCUUCCUUACUUCCUGCCUUGUUUCAUUGUGACAACUGGUAAGAUCUUUGAAUACCCUUUCACCUGUUUUCUGUGACCCUCUUUGGGUUUACUGGUUUCUCAAAUAGUGAACUGUGAUUUAGUUUGAAUUGGGUUUUUGAAUGGUACCCAUUUGUUCCUCUUUUCUGUAUGUUCAUUUCGAUUCCCUGUUGGAAAUGGUGGUAGGAACCUCACCGCAACCUUAACUGGAGAUCCUUAGUUGCCGGCCAUUGUGGCCUUAGGAAUAGGGCUUUGGAAAGCUCUUUAUUUAAGUUAAGCUGGACUCAUUUGGGUAGUAGUCAAGGAUUAGGAUAACAGAAAUAGUUGGUAAUGGUAUUAGAAGAGCCAUGUAACCGAGGAAGAAGACCGCAUUCAGAAGCUCGAAUCAGGAUUGAAGGGUCUGCAGCAAAAUCAGUUGCAACUCAGCCUCAAAUCAUUUUCAUUGUUUUUUCUGCAACUGCCAUAGUAACUAUUGUGUGGAAAACUAUAAAAAGUUAGCAGCUUUUAGCCUUGGGAUGAAAGAAUCUCAUUUAUAUGGGAAACCCUGUUAGCAGUUGCAUGAGCUUAUUUGUUGAUUUUGAUGGUCUUCAUUGUAAUUGCUUUUGCUUUCAGAUGACGGAGGAGCUUCCAGUUGAAGUGAUUGGGAAUAUCUUGUCGCGACUAGGAGGUGCUAGGGACGUGGUAAUAGCCUCUGCAACAUGUCGGAAGUGGCGAGAAGCUUGCCGCAGGCAUCUUCAUACACUCUCCUUUAACUCCAAUGACUGGCCUGUUUACCAUGAUUUAUCAACUAGUGUUCUGGAGAUACUGAUAACUCAGACUAUAUUCCAGACUAUUGGGUUACAAGGCCUGUCUAUUUUGAUGGAAGAAGUUGAGGAGUUCUCAGCUUCAGCUGUGAUUGCUUGGCUGAUGUAUACCAGGGAGACCUUGCGGCGAUUGCAUUAUAAUGUUCAUACUACUCCGGGUGUCAAUAUUCUCGAGCUUUGUGGUAGGCAGAAGCUGGAGACUUUGUUUUUGUCACAUAACUCGAUCACUGGUGUUGAGCCGAAUUUCCAUAGGUUCCCUUGUCUGAAAUCCCUUGCUUUGAGCUAUGUCAGCAUCUCUGCUCUGGACCUUAAUCUUUUGCUCACUGCUUGCCCGAAGGUCGAGGCACUUGAACUUGUGAAUCCCGAGAUUGCAAUGUCUGAUGCUCAGGUUACUAUUGAGUUGUGUAGUCCUACUCUGAAGAGUGUCUAUGUUGAAGCAAUUAGCUUGGACAAGUUCAUAUUGGAGGCAGACAGUAUCGAGUGUUUGCAUUUGAAGGAUUGUGCUCUUGAGUUAUUUGAGCUGGUAGGAAAGGGGACCUUGAAGCAUUUCAAGAUCGAUGAUGUUAGUCUCAUACAUCUGGAUAUCGGCGAGACAGUUGAUAACCUUGAGAUCGUUGAUAUUAGUAACUUCACGAUUUUUUGGCCCAAGUUCUACCACAUGAUCUCAAAAUCCUCAAAAUUGAGGACACUUAGGCUUUGGGACGUAGUCUUUGACGAGGAGGAAGACGUGGUGGAUUUGGAAACUAUCGCCAAUUGCUUCCCACAGCUUAGCCAUCUAUCACUGAGCUAUGACUUGAAAGAUGUGCUACUUCAUUAUGGCUUGCAAGGGAAUUCAAAUCUGCAGAAUGUGGUCGUGUUAGAGCUUGGUUGGACUGUGAUCAACGAUCUCUUUUCACAUUGGGUCGAAGGGUUACUAAAACGGUGCCCCAAUCUGAAGAAGUUGAUUCUCCAUGGAAUCAUUUCAGAGGCCAAAAGCCACGAGGAGUGUCAGAUAUUGUCUGAUUUCUUCUCAUGCCUCUUCCAACUCAUGAGGAAGUAUACUGCUGUGGAUGUGCAGUGUAAGUUUGAUUAGUCGGGGAUGUUGUUUAUGAUUGAUUUCGAUGAGAUAUCUAAGUUUUUGCAUCAAAACGAGUCCCAUAAGGAUUGUGUACAGGUAAAAGUUUACAUCUUUAGAUCCCCAGGAACCCACUGAUAACAUCCGCUGUAAUUUCUUCUGCUAUAGCAGGCAGACUAUGUUUUGCUGUGAGCUACAACACAGGCUGAAUGUAGAUUAAUAUUCUUGAUUGGUUUCUGAACUAUCUAGUGAAUGCUCAAAAUGAUCGAUUCAUUGAUAAUGCUUCUCCCUUUCCACAACAUGGAGAGAUCAGAGAUAGGCCAAAAGCCUUGAUCCUUCAAUUUGUUUUUGGGGCCAACUUACAUUAAUUGCUUUAAAGAGCCACCUUAUCAUCUUUAUUCAUCCUUUUCUCAACUUAGCCAACUUGUGUUGUGUAUUACAGGUGUUCCUUCUCUUCAAAUAUAGCAUUUUGUCAUCCCCAAUGUAGAAGGAAAUCUAUUAUAUUUCCAUUAUUAUACAUUGAAGGAGAUAAUAAAUGUCUCUCUUAGAAACAACUUGUUGCCUUUGUUUGCUGUUUUGUCAUCUUGUCAGCAAAUGUGACCAAUGUUGGAAAUGUUUUCCAGAAGGGCGGCUCCAUUUAAGACUCAAGAGUCCAACUUUAGUUUAAAUAUAGCCAUUCUAGAGAACCAGCUGCAAUUUUUUCCAGCUGCAAUGAGAUGAAACAAAGAGACCUUCAAGUCUGCAACCCACCAGAUUGCUCUGAUAUUGCAAUGUUCAAGAGGGAUGACAUAUGCCAUGUUUAACAAUUGACUCUAUACUAUACUACAAAUCUGAACUAGUCCAUGUACAAUGUGGUUUGUCCAUAGAAUUUUUCGUCUGGAUUCGGUACUAGCUAGUGAUGUUGGUUCAUGACUCAGAUGUAUCACAUACGAGAUCUGUUAGAAAGUUAUGAUUCGUCUGUUAAUUCAACUCUCGAAUCCUUCUUCUCAUCACAGUUCUCCGUGAACCCAUACAUUAUAUGCGGUCUUAACUCGGUCUAAAAUAAGUAACAAGAGAUGUAUUCGCAACAGACAUGGCAUGGGAUGUGAGACAUUAAAAUUGUGAUUAUCGAGUAUGCGCAUAGGACCAAGAUUUCCAUGUAGAUAAAUAUAGCCAUUCUAGCAUUACUGUGGACCAGAAAUUUCUUUUGAACAGAUGUACUACUCUGAUUGAUAGAAGGCUGCUUCUGCAGAAUUUCUACUCUAUGAAAUAUGCGUAUCUUCAAGGCUUUGAUAGCAUUUCUUACCCUGGUAAUUGUCUUUCACCAUUGUAAAAAGAAAAGUUGACUGAUGAAUUUUCCAAAGAGUAGAACUCACGAAAAAUAUUUAUAAUUAAAUCCAAGGUAAAAAUGAAUAAAGAAAAGAGGUACAGAGUCAGGAUCUCCACAGAUACACAGGACAGGAGUCAGUAUUUCUGCAUAGGCCUGAAAUUUUUGCUUUUGACCUCAAAAUGCAAUCACAAAGAAGGGAGUAAAGUCAACUUUUCUAU